UUCAAAAGCAGUGUUUGUUAGAACGCAGUUUGUCAGGAUGAAGCAUAAUGACAGGCUGUCGUUUUACAGGGUGAGCAGUUAGCCCUCAGGUGUUUUUUGUACCUGCAUUGAGCGUCAACAUUCCAACAGGUUUCCAUCCCCCACACCUCUGUCACUGGACCACGUACCUGCCCUCUAGUCCUCCCGUCAUACAAAAGCUUGACAGAAGGGUGGUACGUUCUCUUUUUCGAUCGUCAGUGGGACUUUAAGAUCUUUGACUUAAGAUGGAAUUUGAAUUUACCAAGGGAGACGCUGGGGCUUCUCUUUCAUAUCCAAUACAGUGCUCUGCACUCAGAAAGAAUGGUUAUGUCCUACUGAAAGGACAUCCUUGUAAAAUUGUUGAAAUGACUACGUCAAAGACUGGCAAGCAUGGCCAUGCCAAGGUCCACCUGGUUGGCAUUAACAUCUUUACUGGGAAGAAGAUUGAUGAUAUCUGCCCAUCCACCCACAAUAUGGAAGUCCCUAAUGUUAAAAAAGAUGACUACCAACUUGUUCUCAUUGAUGGUGAUUACGCAGACCUUAUGGAUGACAAUGGAGAAUUGUUUUCUCAGAGGUUACCCGACGAUAACAUUGGAAAAGAGAUUAAGAAAAUGUAUGAAGAGUGUGAUGAUAUUAUGGUCACCAUAACAAAGGCUAUGAAUGAUGAAAUUGUAACUGGCUGGAGGCAUGGAAAUACAAAAGACUAGAACUUGUAUGUUCUUUUUCUCCAUGGUUUGUAACCAUCAGCAAAGCUCUCUGCAUUGUGAAAUCUGGGGCAAAAAAAAGUUUCAAUCAUCAUCAAUUUCCAUAAUUUGUGAACAAUGGCAAAAUGUAUUCUGUCUUUGUGUCUCUUCAGCUUCGGUAUUCCUUGGCCACCCAAUAUUUUUUGAGUGCGCUUUAUUUGACAGAGCUUAAGCAGCUUCUUGGCAGAGUAAUGAAAUGACAUCAAGGAACCUUAGCUGGUGCAGCCGUCUGCUUUUAAACGAGAAGAACUAAAAAAAAGUUAAAAAGUUUUAACAAGUCAUACAUUAGGUUAAAAUGCUGCUUGUGGUUCUCUGUAUUAAAAUAAUUAAUAUUUUAAGUGACAUUGACUCAAGCUCUGACCAGAACCUCACUGACAUCUCAUGUCUUUUGCUGUUGACAUCUGUAGAUACGCAUUUUCACAAGGGGGAGGAAGGAGGUGGAUAAUCUCAAGUGUGUUGAACUUUUGCUUUAUGUUUUUUUUAUUAUUAUUGUUUUUUGUUUUAAUUGUGGCCAAUGCCAGUUACAGACCAAGGAAUGGUACUGAUGUCUGUGCUGUGUGCAUUUUAGAAAAAAGUUACUUUUAAUGAUUUCAGUAGUAAGGAUGAGGUAUGAUUAGUAGAUUUGUGUUAAACAAAAUAAUAAAAAUGAGGGGAACACCUGUUUGUGCUUUA